AGCACUGGUGCAGCUGCGCAGGGUGCGCUGCGUGCGCUGCAAGCGCAGCCGCGCAGCUGCGCGAUGGCAGUGACGAUUUUGUCAUUGCCGGACGAGGAACCUCCCAGCAUCGGCAGCCACGGCCAUGCAAGCCCCGCGCUCUCUGCCCACUCCUUUGCACCAGAGCUGCGGGCCGAGCUGCGAGAGGAGUUCACGUCGCCGAAAUCGCCCUUUUUGCAAAUCUUCACGCAGAUGGAGGUACUGCAUAAGGAGCUCCUUGCAGCAUAUCAAGAAGAGGUUGGGGAGCAUUCGGGACUAUCUGUGCUACCCGAGUUAAUUCCAAAGCAUUUCAAACUGCCUCAAGGAUCUGGGGACAAAGGAGAUGAUGAAAAUCAGGUUGAGGAGAAGCAGGAGAAGCAGGAGAAGCUGCCCGAAAAGUUGAGCAAGACCAAGUCCAAGACGGGUUCCCACACAUCUUUGCACCUCCCGGGUGAAGUGGACAUGCCCCACAUGGUUCCAGCUGCUUCUGGAAGAUCCAGUCUAGAAUCGAACAUGAGCGCUUCGCAGAAUCCAAGUAAGAUGUCCAAUAAGUUGAUGAAAAAAGCAAGAGAAGCCACUGUGAAUAUGGAGUGCCAAAUUGAAGCCGACUCCUUAGACUCUGCACUUCAGAUCCGUGAAGAGUGGGACCUUCCAGAGGAGAAGUUGUUGGAUUUGAAACGUUUGCAGCGGAGAAUGUCCAUUGGAAGCCUGGCAGGGAUGCAACAGGUCACAGUGAAGAGGCAGUAUCUCGUGAGGAGCGUGAAGGAGGAUCUUCCUUGCUACAUUGUCCAUCCACACUCGUACAAGCGGCUUGUUUGGGAUUGCUUGGCAAUAUUUGCGAUUAUCUUCGAGACGACCAUCUCUCCUUUGCACUUGUACCGGAUGAACCAUUCCAUGCAAUUAACGGCAGAAACCAUGCAAUGGGUUGCAAGCGCCUUUUGGACGCUUGACAUUCCAGCAUCCUUCUUCACCGCCGUGUAUGUCAACGAUGUGCUCCGUUUCCGAAUGAGAGACAUUGCACUGAACUACUUGAAGUCCUGGUGUCUGUAUGAUGUCUUAAUGUUGGCUGGCGACGUUGUGGUCUUGGCUAUGUCGGAGACCGAUGUACAAGCUGGGGUCUUGCGUGUAGCAAGAACACGGCGUUUGUUUCGCUUGCUGCGAGUCUUCCAAACCAUCAGACUCUGGAAGGUCUUGCAGGGCUUUCCAUCCCUUCAAAACCAGCUGACUGCGCUGAGAGCGAGGUUUGGUUCGUUGACGCAGCCAGUCAUCAGCCUUGGACUUCUCAUGGCAUUUGCAGUGCAUGUUCUGGGAAGUCUAUGGUUUGCUGCUGGUGAUACAGAAGGUGGUUGGGUGAGAGAAGAAAAUCUGCACGAAACAUCUCUGGCACAUCAAUACAUCCGGAGUUUGGAAUGGUCUGUGUCAAAGCUGCCACCAUCCGCCUUGAAAUCCACAGUGGAGCUUAACACCGCUGCAGAACGUUGGCUGGGGAUUUUUGGGACUUGCAUGGCACUUUUGACCGGAUCCCUCUUCAUUUCCGUGUUGACCAAUACCAUGGCAGAAGUUGCCCGUGAAAGGACACGGACUACAAAGAUUCUCCAGGCCGUACGCCGCUAUUGCCAUACUUAUUCCAUCUCCUAUGCCUACACCCGACAAAUGAAGCGUUACGUAGAACGAGAACAUCGACGUAAUGAAAUUCAAUGCCACAUGUCUUUGCUCCAAACUCUUCCUGAGGGCAUGGUUCGAGAGCUUUUCCAAGAGGCACGAAGUCGAACACUUCACGCCCACGCUUUCUUCAAGGAAAUUGGUCUCUCGGACCCAGGCAUGGAAUUGAAUCUCUGCAGCCAAGCCGUCAACGAGUUGUACUACUUGGCAGGAGAUGUGAUCUUCGACACCACCAGCAAAGCUGAAGGAAUGUAUCAGAUAGCGGCCGGUCAAGGCAUCUACUUUUUCUGGUCUCAAUCUGAACCGCUGGGAACGCGACGUCGGAAAGACUCCUUGGACUUCAUUAGGUUCCAAGGCGUCUUUGGCGGUGCCUCUGCACGAAGUCAAACGGCGUUUCCCAUGGUACAGACCUCAGUGGAGGCUCGAGGAUAUGUCGCCGAAGCUGCUCUAUGGGUGAAAGCCUGGAGACACCAAGGGCAACUCCAGGCACUCAUCGAGAGCAGGGCAUUGCUGGUCUCCACCGACCUCCUCUUCAAAGUGCUGCAAGGAUAUGCCAACUGUAUGGCCAAUACAGUUGUGUAUGCUCGCUGCUUUGUUCAAGAGCUAAACAAAACCGCACGUUUGUGCAAGCAAGUGACAGACCUGCCUUUGGCUCCGCUUCAGCAUAAUGAAGGUGAAAAGAAGCGGAGCCGAUCCGGUUCCAUCACCUCCAUUUUGUUCCCGCCGAAGAUAGUACAGCCAGAGAGCAGAUAGUCACUGCACGUCCAUCUGGAAUCUGGCGUGCUUUGCCGUGCCACUGUGUGUCAUGCUGCGCCAUAGUUUCAUCAAAUUCCAUUCUUUGGGCUUCCUCCGUUUCACUGUUUUUUUUUCUUAAUUGACAAGUGCCUCGGUGUCAAGUGGUGAGGGACAGAGGCAACCGCCAAAGUCGUUCGCUAUGUCUUUGCUCACCGCUGACUUAGCCGCGAAGGUUCCCUUCUUCUACUUUCAAAGAGGGGGCCCUUGCUUGUCAUGUUGGCCAAUACCUGUGCGAAGAUGUGCUUCGGUACUCUUCCAUUUUUUUGCAUGAUCUCGUGCCAUGCGCUUCCGAUGUUUAAAGGCUUAAGUCUUGCUGCAGGCAAAGGCAGAUCAUUUUUUGCCCCACCAUGUCCCACCCAGCUUUGUCUGUGCUGUGCCUGUGCGUAAAGUUAAUCAUCGUGUUCGAAAUUCGCGGAACAUGAACAAUCUUCUAAAUUUAUGAAUGCGGUUUUCAAAGGACAAGUCUUUGAUGGGAUGCUCCUGAUCUC